AACCAGUUUUGCCAAGAUCGUUACAUCCAAAGUUGUGCUUGGAUUUACAUCUACCUGGUAGCUAGAGUGGAAGUCUCACAAAUCUCAUUCUUUCAAGCACUACACAGAGUUUGCUACAGCAGUUGAAAUCUGGAACCAUGUUACCUCAAACGACCUCUCUCGCUUUGGCAUUGAACCAACAAGCCGUGAACAUGAUGAGUGUUGGCAAGUUCUCCAAUGCAAUCAGGUUGCUCACUCGCUCUCUAAAGGAGGUUAAACGAGAGAUAGCCGAUGAUACCUCCGACAAGACUUCCAUCACUUGUCUUGACAAUGGAGACCAUCUUCGUUUCGGAUUCACAGAGGAGGAAGCCGGCGUCGAUGACAAGACCACAAUCCCACGAGAUUUUGGUUCUUUCAGGGCAUCGACGAUCUUUGACCGUCCCAUCUCGGUAAGCCAUGACCCUUCCGCGGCGGUCUGUGGCUUUACAUCACUGGCAAGGUUCACCAACGCGUUGGUGUACAAUCUGGGGCUUGCCUUUCAAUUGCUUGCCGUGCAGAAGCAAGAAGACAUGGGUGAACCAGCUCGGAAGCACCUGGAAAAGGCUCUCAAGUUCUACCAGAUGGCAUAUACAAUGGUCGUCAGCGACGGCCAGGCCAGCGGUGGUUGCACUUUGCUGCAGCAAAUGGCGAUUCUAAACAACCUGGGCAUCGUCCUACAAGCGCUGGGGGAACCUGAAAAGGCCAAGCAGUGUUUCCAAAGCUUGCUCCAACUUGCGAUGCUAGCCAUGUCCAGAGAGGAGCCAGAAGUAUCACAGCUCCAUUUUGAUCUGUUCUUCCGCAACAUCCAGUCCGUGAUUCUCAGGGACAACCUAAAGUCGGCCCAUGCAGCAUGAUCUGGCUGCCAUCACAAUAGCAAACUGGCUGGACAGCUAGGUCAAGGCUCAGGUAGAAUGUGGCCGGGAUUCAAGCUACAGCUAGCUAGCUGCUACAUGCGCUUAAUUAAUGUUUUCAUUAUCAUAAUCCGUG